CUCAUUCUUACAUCCAUCCCCAUCUUCACCAAAACAAAACCAAAGUUCAUUUCUUUCUUCUGUUCUUUUCAUUCCUGGAGAAUGACAUUAGAGAAAAACAAAACCCCAUAAAUAAGUGCCAUUCUUCUUCCACCGCCAAAAAAGAUUCAUUUUUUCCCUCUAAAUGCCACACCCAUUUGAAUAAAUCCCCCAACAGAGAAAAGGGGUUACGAAAUUUUCCAUGAUCAUCAAUAAAUAGCGGUUGUUGUUGUUGUUGUUGUCGGGAAUCGUUGUUUUUAUUUAGACAUGCUCAAGUUGUGGAAAUGGUACCAGAAUUGCUUGGCGGUUCACCCUGUUAAGACACAGGUCAUCAGCUCUGGCUUGAUUUGGGGUGCUGGUGACAUAGCUGCUCAGGCAGUUACCCACUACACUGCCAAGACCCAUGUCACAAUAGAUGAGGAUGAGAAAAAGGAAUUCAAGAUCAACUGGAAACGGGUGUCUACGACCAGCUUGUUUGGGUUAGGAUUUGUUGGCCCUGUUGGCCACUACUGGUACGAAGGUUUGGAUCGGUUUAUAAGAUUGAGACUUAUGCUCAAACCGAAUUCGGUCCGCUUUGUUGCAACCAAAGUUGUGGUUGAUGGGUUUCUCUUUGGACCAUUGGAUUUACUUGUGUUUUUUACAUACAUGGGUUUUUCUACUGGCAAGAGUGUUCCUCAAAUCAAAGAAGAUGUGAAGAGAGAUUUUCUGCCAGCCUUUGUUUUAGAAGGGGGCAUAUGGCCAGUUGUUCAGGUUGCGAAUUUUCGGUUUAUACCAGUAAGGUAUCAGCUCCUUUAUGUCAACUUCUUCUGCUUGUUGGAUAGCUGUUUCUUGUCUUGGGUUGAGCAACAACAGGAUGCUCAAUGGAAACAAUGGUUGAAAUCAUUUCUUCCUUUGAAGUAACACUUUCUCAAUUUAUUUGUGGAGUUGCCAGUGGUUGGAAGUUCAUCUUGGAAAAAAAAAAAAACAAUUGACUGGUUUAGAUUGCUUGUAAACACCAUCUAGAGUUUCAGAAUUGAGUUUCUGAAAGUGAUGAAAUUGCCUUCACAUGAUAUCAUUAAUGAUUUUCAUCUUGAAUACAAGUUGACACCUUUUUCCAUUGAAUAAAUUGAAAGCCUUGUUUGCUUGCAAAGGGUUUGUCUAUA